AUGGGUCGUAAAAAGAAAUCUGCUAGAGAGAAAAGAUUGGAUAACUUUAGGUCAAAUAGAUCAAAUUAUCUGGACUCUACUGAAAAUAAGAAGAAGGAGAUGGGUCAUAAAGAUGAUGAUAAUGAUGAUGAUGAUAAAGUUAAAAGAAGAAAAGUUCCAGAACCUACUGAUAAGCAAAAUGAUCAAGGAUCCCAUGGUACUUCACAAAAAUUAGAUGAAAAAUUUUCCAUGUUUAACUUCGUAUCAGAUAAUAAGGAAAAAUUAAAACAAAAUGUUGAGUCAGAAAUGAUAAAAUCCUCAAUUGAUAUAGAUAUUAGAAAUUUUUACAGGGGAUUUGAGCCUGAAACAAUUGAGAAUAUCAAAAAAAAAAUUCUAUGGCUUCAUUAG